CACCUGGGCCUUUGUGGAUAGACACACGGCUGGGGACACCGCCUCUGCUCUCUGGGGGACACAGCGUAACACCAUGCCCCGGGGAAUCGCCUGGCUGCGCUAUCUCGGGAUCCUCCUUGGCAUGGCCUUGGGGAACGGGGGUUUGGAGAUGUGGCCCUUGACUCAGACCGAGGAGUGCGCCGUCACUGGCUUUCUGCGGGACAAGCUGCAGUAUAGGAACCGUCUGCAGUACAUGAAACACUACUUCCCCAUCAACUACAGGGUCAGCGUGCCUUAUGAGGGGGUGCUCAGAAGGGCCAACAUCACCAGGCUGCAGAAGGCCCGGGUCAGCCAGCAGGAGCUGCGGUACCUGUGGGUCUGGGUGAGCCUCAGCGCUACUGAGUCGGUGCAGGAAGUGCUGCUCGAGGGCCACCCAUCCUGGAAGUACCUGGAGGAGGUCCAUACGCUGCUGCUGGACGUGCAGGAAAGCCUCAGGGAUGUGGAGGUCGGCCCCAAGGUGGAAGCGGUAGUGUCACUCCUGAGUGGCCCGAGGCUAAGCCUGAAGCUGGUGCGACCCAAAGCCCUCCUGGACAACUGCUUCCGGGUCAUGGAACUGCUGUACUGUUCUUGCUGUAAACAAAGUUCCGUCCUAAAUUGGCAGGACUGUGAGGUGCAGAGCUCUCAGCCCCACAGCCCAGAGCCCUCAUCACAGUGCGUGGCUACCCGGCUAUACCCUCUGUCCCAGAGGCCCCCUAUCUCCCUGCCCCACUCCCCGGGAUCCACGCCCGGACCCCCGGCUCAGUGAAGCUGCUGAGGGCACAGGCCGAGGCCUCUUGGCCCGAGCAGCCUGUGUGGGGCAGCGGGAGGUUCUCCCGCAGUUUGGUUGAGCCUGAGACUUAUCUGGGCAGUGGUGAGGAGCCCCCCCCAACCCCCCCAGGAGAGUGUUUUUCCUUUGAGGGGAUUCUGUGCCUGAGAAGGGUUCGGCUUCCCGCAUUCUGUACCUCACCUGGUCUCACCUGGAGCAGCGGGGGCCUGGGGGCACCUGAACGUGGACAGAGUUCUCUUCCCCCUUCCUGCACCACCUGGACUGCCUCCCUUGCCUGGAGGCGGCGCUGAGCGUCUCCCGUGGCCUGCAGAGGUGAAAACUGUGCC